GCCGCCAGGCACCUGCUGCAGGACCUCAGCCCACCGGCUGAUGUCAGGGAUGAGUCCCAACCAGAGGUCCACACACCCGUGUCCUCGCCUGCCACGACUUGGUGUUUAUGGGAGUAGAUUCAGUACCUGGGCACAUGCCAAAGUCUGGCAUCUCUACAAUGAUCGUUUUCGUCCAACUCAAGGAGGUGAGGUGUCUAUUGCCCUUAGCUCUCACUGGAUAAAGCCUCAAUACAUGAGUGAACAAAAUAUUAAAGAAUGUCAAAAAUCCCUUGACUUUGUGCUUGGCUGGUUUGCUAAACCCAUAUUUAUAGAUGGUGACUACCCAGAGAGCAUGAAGAGUAACUUAUCAUCUCUGCUGCCUGAAUUCAGUGAAGCAGAAAAGAAGUAUAUCAAGGGAACAGCUGAUUUUUUUGCUCUUUCUUUUGGAGCUACACUGAGUUUCCAGCUCUUGGACUCUCACAUGAAAUUUCAGCAGAUAGAAUCAUUAAGCCUGCGGCAGCUCCUUUUCUGGAUAAACAGUGAAUAUAACCAUCCAAAAAUUUUCAUUGUGGAGAACAGCUGGUUUGUUUCUGGAAGCACCAAGAGAGAUGAUGCAAAGUAUAUGUAUUAUCUCAAAAAGUUCAUUAUGGAGACAUUAAAAGCCAUCCGGUAUGAUGGAGUUGAUGUCUUUGGAUACACUGUUUGGUCGCUCAUGGAUGGCUUUGAAUGGCACAGAGGAUAUAGCAUUAGACGUGGAUUAUAUUAUGUUGAUUUUGAAAGCCACGACAAGAAAUUUAUGCCAAAGUCUUCAGCCUUGUUCUACCAAAAGCUAAUAGAAAAAAAUGGCUUCCCACCUUUGCCUGAAAAUCAACCAAUAGUUGGGAUGUUUCCAUGCAACUUUGCUUGGGGAAUUGUUGACAACUACAUUCAAGUAGACGUAACUCCUUCCCAGUUCCUUGACCCUAAUGUGUAUUUGUGGGAUGUUCACCAAACUAAGAAACUUAUUAAAGUUGAUGGGAUUCUUGCCCCAAAACGCAAGCGUCAUUGUGUUGACUUUGCUGCUAUUAGACUACAGAUCUCUCUGCUGCAGGAAACGCGUGUCACACAUUUCCAUUUUUCACUGAAAUGGUCUUUGAUUCUUCCUUUGGGUAACCUGUCUCUAAUCAACCACACGCUUUUACAUUAUUAUCAGUGCUUUGUUAGUGAACUUCUCCGAGUCAAUAUAACUCCUGUUGUUGCUUUGUGGCAGCCUAUGGCAGAGAACCAAGGGCUUCCUGUUUCAUUAGCAAAAUAUGGAGCCUGGGAGAACCCAGAGACUAUUCAAGCCUUUGUUGAGUAUGCCAGGCUCUGCUUUAAAAAUCUUGGUCACCGUGUCAAAUUUUGGAUCACAAUGAAUGAACCCUAUGUGAGAAACCUGACUUACACUGCAGGGCAUAAUCUGUUGAAAGCCCACGCUAAGGCCUGGCACCUAUAUGAUAAAGAGUUCAGAAGAUCUCAGAAAGGUAAAAUAUCUAUAGCUCUGCAAGCUGAUUGGGCGGAGCCAGCCUGCCCAUUUUCCAAAAAUGAUCAAGAAGUUGCAGAUAGAGUUUUGGAAUUUGAUAUUGGAUGGCUUGCUGAGCCCAUCUUUGGAAAUGGUGACUACCCCCGUGUGAUGAGAGAGUGGCUUCACCAAAGAAACAGCAUUGAUUUAUAUAAUUUCCAUUUGCCUUAUUUCUCUGAAGAAGAAAAGAAAUUAAUCCAAGGCUCAUAUGAUUUUUUUGCCUUAAGUCAUUAUACGACUAUCCUCGUGGACUGGGAAAAAGAAGAUCCACUGAAAUAUGAUCACUACCUUGAAGUUCAAAUGAUAAAUGACAUCACGUGGCUGAACUCCCCCAGCAGAACUGCUGUGGUGCCCUGGGGAUUGCGGAAAUUGCUCAAGUGGGUUAAAUCUAAGUAUGGUGAUGUCCCAAUUUAUAUUGUAGCCAAUGGAAUUGAUGAUGAUCAGAAUGUGGUUCAUGAUAAACUGAGAAUAUAUUACAUACAGAAUUAUAUCAAUGAGGUUUUAAAAGCCUACACUCUGGAUAAUGUCAAUGUACAGGGAUAUUUUGUCUAUUCUUUUAACGACAGGACUGCUCCUAAAUAUGGCCUCUAUCGUUACAUUGCAAAUCAGUAUGAAACAAAGCCUUCCAUGAAACAUUACAGAGAAAUAAUUGACAAUAAUGGUUUUCCCAGUUCAGAAACUCCUGAAAGAUGGUGCCCAGAAGAGCUUGCUUUAUGCCCUGAAUGCAGCUUUUUCCGAACCAGAAAAUCUUUAUUAGCCUUUAUCUCCUUUAUAUUUUUUGCUUUCAUUGUUACCAUAUUCUUCAUUAUUUACCACUCCAGGAGAGAUGAAAGAAGGUAUAAAUAAUGCUGCUGCUUCAGCUACAGCACUGACUACUAUGUCACUUGCAUUCCUUUGGGAACUCUCAAAUAAUUAUAUAGCAAUGUUGUAAUCACUUCAGCACUAGGGAGCCCUUUGCACUGCCUAAUGCUGUGAAACAUUAAAGCUGAAAAUGAAUUGUGAACACAGGAAAUCCUUUUCUGGGUUUUAGUAUAUUUGGUUUGUGACCUAGAUUCUAGUGGUCAAAUUUAUCUCAACUUCAACUGGAGACCUUUCUUUGAGCAGAUUAUUUUUCUUUAUAGGCAAAUGCAUUGCUAACCAAGGCCUAUAUUAGUUGAACCGUGAAGACACUAACCAAUUAAUCCAUUUGGACGUAAAUUGCUUUUUGUGGAGUAAUAGAAAAAUCUAGAUGCCAAGUUCUCAGGAGAAAGCCUGAUGAGAAAGAUAAUAAGCUAUCUUCCUGGUUAGAUUUUACCCAAGUAUCACCUGACUAAAACCAACAUUCAGCUGUAAUAUAGAAGAAGACUAAAUAGAAUUAGACUAAGUAACUAGACAUCACAAAAGGAAAAAAAUAGUUCUGUUGCAAAGCAUAAGUCAGGAAGUAAGGACAUCAGGAUUCUGUUUUUGCUGUGCUAGUGACUUUGAGAGGUUGGCUUCUGGCUUCGCAUUCCUUACCCACAUUGUAUCAGUUGGUGUUGCCUACCUCCCAUGAUGCAGUGUGUACUUUUUUGUUUCUGACCUAAACCAAUCAUUGGAAAAGAGCAGCAAAGUGAAUUGGGGCAUGUUUUGAGGGCAGAAGAGCUGGCCCCUGGCAAGGAAGAAGGGCUCAUGCCUCGGAGAUGGGGAAGGGCUAGGGAGGGAUCUUGUUCUAUUUCAGCUGGUGGACAAAGAGCAGGAACACCAUGGAACUAUAGUGUGCUUCCCAAUGGCAGAUGGAAAAGCUGAAUAGAUUACUUCUGCCCCUGGUAUCAGGAAACUGUAUACCUGACAAUGGGGGCAGGGCUAUUACAGCAUUUAGUAUCCAGAAACUUUCACUCCUACUUGUUGUCUUCUCCUAACAUUUAAUGAAUAAACACAGAAAUUAGCCGCUCCCUAGAUUCAAGUAGGUUAGGGAAAUCUGAGUUGAGCUGAGGAAGAUGGCUUUAAAUUUAAGUGAGCCUAGACCUGGAGGUUUAAUGCCUUUAUAUUGCAUAUACAUUUCACACCAGUAUUCUGGUAUCCUGAUACCUUGUUUGCCAAGCAUUUAAGUUUUGGACCAUCUAUUUGUGGAGCUUAUGCAUUAAAUCUCUGAGAACUUGACCCAGCUCUUAUGGGAAUCUUUUUGCUGACUGUAACACCGGGGUAGGCAAAAUGGUGGAUCUGGCCAGCAGCCAGACUCCAUUUCCCAGCACCCCUGCCCACAUGGCUGGGGCUGAUUUCCAUGGAGACCCCAGCAGCAGUUGUACUGUGAUAGUGCAAGGCUGGGGUUUCCAUGGAGACCAGUCCCAGCAGCGCUGGCAUUGUGGGGAGCUGCUGAGAUCUUGCAGUGGUGACAGAAUAGUCUGGAAGCAGGGCAGAGCUGUGAUCUGCAGCCUGCAUGCUCCAGGGAGGCGUGUGCAGGCUGCAGAUCGCUGCUGUGCCCUGGCUCCUUGCAGCGGUGUCAGUGUGGUCCAAAGCUGGGACAAAGCCACAAUCCACUGCCUGCACACCCCUGCAGGCUGCAGAUCGUGGCUUGGCCCUGGCUCUGGACCAUGCUGUCACCACCACAAGAUCCCAGUGGCUCUGGAGCAGCUCCUUGCCCCACCGUGUACCCUGCCAGCACUGCUGGGGCUGGUCUCCAUGAAAACCCCAGUCUUGUGCUAUCACAGUACAGCUGCUGCUGGGGUGUCCAUGGAAGCCAGCCCCAGCCAUGAGGACAGGGGCUGCUGGGAAAUGGGAGUCUGGCUGCUGGCCAGAUAUGCCAUUUUGCCCACCCCGGUGUUACAGUCAGUGGAAGUAUUCCAAUAAGAGUUGGGUCAAGUUCUCAGAGUUAAUGUGUAAGCAUUUAUGGAAAUGGAGUCCACUGCUGGCUGGAUCCAGUCUGCGGGCCAGACUUUGUCUGCCCCUGCUGUAACAGGAGUUAUGUCAGGCUGGAAUAGCACUCAGACCCGAAAGUGUCAUUGAAAGUCUGAGCAACUCUGCUCUGUCAACAGAAUAAAUUAGCCAAAUAGUACCAAUGUUAUUUUUUCAUCAACAGAACCAUAGAAAUCAAGAGAUGCAAAAUGACUGUGGUCCUUUUCCAAUCAUACCCAUUAAUCAAUGCAGGAGCCUGCAGUCUGCAUAAAAUGAUGCAGUGACUUCUUUCUCUCUGCUGGCAGUCUUCAACUGUAUUUUCAUAGAUUUCAUAGAUUUCAUAGACAUUAGGGCCGGAAGGGACCUCGGAAGAUCAUCGAGUCCAGCCCCCUUCCCAAGGGCAGGAAGUCAGCUGGAAGUCAUACUUGUGUUUUCAUGUUGUCACAUGUCCACCACUAAAGAUGAGUUUUAAUCUAUUACACUCUGUGUUAGUUACCAAGUUGUGUAUCCAGCAGGGUCUAAAUUUGCUGUAUUGAAUGUGAAUGUUUAUUUACUGUAAAUUGAAAUUUAUAUGUGAAAUACGUGACUUUUGUUUGGUUAGAAGAUUUAGUAUCCUAGCACAAAGAUUAAUAUAUUUGUCCUUUAGUUCCAGAUGUAUAAUAGCCUGAUUUGCACUAAUAUAUAUUUUGCUAUCAGGAUUAAUGUGACAAAUUCUGGGUAAAUGAUAAAAUAGAGGAAAUGUAUAUUAGCCUGCUAGGAUUUGCUGAGGAAAAUAUAUUUGAAAAUGUUGUGGUGUUUCUACAUUUACCCAUUGCCAUAUGGUACUGCAUGGACUGCAAAGAGACAGUUCUCCCUGAAUAUAUGGAGUGCUAAAUUGGUUUCUCUGUGUCAUUGCAAUGAAUCACUUUCUAGUUAUGAUUUUGAUAAAGAGCCUACUGCACAGUGUCAAGUGGAAUCUCAAUAGAUAGUAAAGAAAAUAUAAUAUUUAUUUAAUACAUACACUGGCUAGAUACUACCUAUAUGCUGUUUUUUCUUUAUAUAACUAUGACAAUGCUAGAAUAAUAAAACAGCAGAACUGAUUUUAGAGUAGCAUACAUAGAAUCAAAAUAUUUAAAACUCAUAAAAAAUCUAGUGCAGUUCUUACCAGUUUCGUUGAGUGUCUUGUAAGCACUUGUGCUGAGCGCCUCUGAAAAUCAUCCUUGUUAUGCUUAAUCCAAAACAGUCUCAUUACCAUGUUACAAUUUUUUCCUGACUGGAAAGUCAUUUAAAAUGUGUGUGCAACAUGCUGACAUUUUACUAUGAGGGAAUAAUAGGCAAGUCACUAACAUAUUGCAGUUUAUAGUGGAACCACAGUGGGGGGCCAAGAGCAAAAAAGCAUGCCUGUGGUCAGAUGGAAGGGAACAUACUGCAGGCUUUUCCAGUACUUAGAAGAGACAAUUUUGUCAUCACUGAAUGGAAAAGAAUUAGGAUUUUUUCAUAUGGUUCUUACUGGCUAUAUAAUUUGCAAGUAAAUGGGGCUUUAUUAUAAGGAAGCCAGAGAAACAUUAUCACAUAGAAAAAAGGUUUUGUGACUUGUGGAUAUAAUAUAGCCCUUUGUAUGUUUUCUUUCACAACAGCUAUUAAGUAUCAUUGCAGAACACUGAUCUCUUGGUUUUAGAUAUAAUAAUAUGCAGAAGAAUUUUCAUCUACCCUACCUAUAGAAGUACCUGUGCUGGCUGAUUUAUAAUGAAACAAUGGGAGUUUUUUAGACUUUUGAGCCAAAUGUAACAUCUGCUCACCAUAAUUACCCUUGGCACUUUCCAAGUGCCCUACCUUAUUAAAGCACUGGACAGAUUUUAGUGAAUUAAUUGUACAUCUCUAUCACAGAGGUGUGGUCUAGGCAAACUAUGGGCUGAUUUGAAUCAGCUGUCCUCCAGACUUGGGAAUCUACUUGUUUUUAUGUAAGUUAGGUACAGUUGCCAGGCUCAGACUAACUGAUUCUGCUUCUCAGUAAGAAAGGGGGCUAGAUACCUUUUUUCUCUUUCAGUUAUUUAUUUGUAAAUGGUAAUCUAGCAUUUUUCUAUGAAAAGUUAAUCCAAAGGAGCCUGGCCUCUGGCUGAACACCAUGCAGAUUUCUAUCCAUCAAAAUAUGGUAAUAUUACCUGGGACUUAAUAUGUAUUUUAUGAAAAAUCACAAGAAUAUGCAUGUAAGACUGCUGCUGCCAAUAUGCCAUAGGAAGUGUAUAUUUUUGUUUUGAUUUUAAUUGUGCUAAUAAAAUGUGCAUUACUGAUUUGUUUUCUGAAAGCUACAUAUCUAAUAAUUGUAUUGUAAAAUAUUAAAUUAUAUUUUUAU